ACCCAACUCAACCCAACCCAACCCACUAGAAAAUGUAAAAUCACAUCAAAGCAAAAGAUAUUCAAUGCCUCCAAUACUGAAAUGGACACAAAUUAGUCCAAUUAUUUAAUUUUAGCUUCUCCAAAAAUAAUUUACCAAAAUCAAAAGAAAAAACCCACCCUUGGACUCGUACAGAUCCAAUUUCAGGCUUCGUAGAAUUGAGAUAUUUCGGAACAGAUUGCUGGUAUAAAAUUUAACCGGAAAUCAGAGAUCUGUUCGGUUGGAUUCUCACGAUUUCACAAUCGCUAUCAUUUGCAAGAAUUUAUUUUUUAUUGGAAUUUUUAUUUUUUGGGAAAAAAGGGGCUGUUGAAAUUCGAAGCUACCAGUCAGUGGAGUUGAAAGAUAAAAAUAAGUGUCCUAUCAAGAGGAAGAAAUGGAGUAUGCUGAUGGCAAUUAUGAAAUGGAGGAAGUUGAUGAGGAUAUGUAUUUUGCUGGUCGAAUGAUGGGAGACUCAGAGACUGAUGAAGAUGAUGAGAAUGAAUAUGAAAAUUUGGACAACAAGAUAACAGACACUUCUGCUUCCGAGGCAAGGAGAGGGAAAGAUAUUCAAGGAAUUCCAUGGGAGAGACUAAGCAUUUCCCGUGAAAAGUAUAGGCAGACAAGACUACAGCAGUAUAAGAAUUAUGAGAAUAUACCCCUUUCUGGAGAGGGUUCACUGAAGGAAUGCAAACCAACAAGGAAAGGUGGAGAGUACUAUGAGUUCCGACAGAACACAAGAUCUGUGAAAUCUACCAUCCUUCAUUUUCAAUUGAGGAACUUGGUUUGGUCUACGUCAAAGCAUGAUGUUUACCUCAUGUCACAUUAUGUAAUAACGCAUUGGUCUUCAUUGGCAUCCAAGAGGACUGAAGUUCUUAAUGUUUCUGGGCAUGUUGCUCCACGCGAGAAACAUCCUGGAAGUUUACUGGAAGGAUUUACUCAGACUCAAAUUAGUACUCUAGCAGUGCGUGACAAUUUGUUGAUUGCUGGGGGAUUCCAGGGAGAGCUCAUAUGCAAGGAUCUAGACCGGCCUGGCGUGAGCUUUUGUACCAGGAUAACUUAUGAGGAUAAUGCAAUUACCAAUGCAAUUGAUAUCUAUAACAGUCCAAGUGGCGCUGUUCAUUUCACGGCUUCAAAUAAUGACUGCGGAGUUCGAGACUUUGACAUGGAGAGGUUUCAGCUUGUUAAGCACUUUUCUUAUCCUUGGCCUGUAAAUCACACCUCUUUGAACCCGGAUGGUAAACUCAUUAUUAUAGUUGGAGACAAUCCUGAUGGGAUGCUUGUGGAUUCUCAAACUGGGAAGACUGUCAUGCCCCUACACGGACACUUGGAUUUUUCUUUUGCUUCUGCAUGGCAUCCGGAUGGUCACUUGUUUGCCACUGGGAACCAAGACAAGACUUGCCGUGUAUGGGAUGCUCGAAACUUGUCAAAGUCUGUCGCUGUUCUCAAAGGAAAUCUGGGAGCCAUUCGAUCAAUCCGUUUUACAUCUGAUGGGAAAUUUAUGGCGAUGGCUGAACCAGCCGAUUUUGUCCACGUCUAUGAUGUGAAGAAUGGUUACGAGAAAGAGCAGGAGAUUGAUUUUUUUGGCGAGAUCUCUGGAGUCUCUUUCAGUCCUGAUACAGAAUCCCUCUUCAUUGGGGUGUGGGAUCGCACUUAUGGUAGCCUUCUUCAGUACAACCGUUGCCGGAAUUAUUCGUAUAUGGAUUGUCUAAUGUGAUCAUUUGGGACAUGCAUGCUUAUUCUUGGAUAAGAAACUUCUGCAUGGAUUCGCAUUACAUGUUCAAGAAAGGUGGCAGGAUCAUGGAUCGGUUUGGUAUCAACUCUUGCGUUGUCAAAUAAUGCUGACUAGUGUAGCAGAGAAGUGAAUUAGCAGCUGGGGUGCUUUUCGAGUGGGGCCAUUGAUGAACAAUUGUCUACCUCCUAGGGAAAACAUGGCCGUGGACGUGCCAUUUUCUUGAAGGCAUCAUGUUUAUAUGGACUUUUUCUGCAGUUAGUGAGAACGAAUUGCUGGCUAUCGGCAU